CACAAAGAAAGAUAAAAAAAACUUAGUUUUUAGUUUGGUUCUUUUUGCUAGAGGGAAAGGUUAUGCUUUUUUUCCCCACCCCCCUCUUCCUUUCAAAACAAAAAGAGCACGUGCUGUGGUUUGGCCAGGGUGCUGCAGAGGGGAGGUUGUUUUCUCUGACUCCAUGGUAAGCACACACGUGAGAUGAAGCGAGCCUGCCCAYCGCCUUAUCUCCAAUCACAGAAUAACCGGAAUGUGCCAAACCUGAGCCGCACUUCCCAGGCCUCGCCAUGACAAUACCGUUCCUAUAUUGAGUUUCGUUUCUCGGGGUGCUGCUCACAGCACACCAGGUGACAGCGGACAGGGCUCAUCUUGUGCUGGUGGCUGUGCCUUGCCCGCCCCUUCCCCAGCGCCUGUUUUCUCCCCUGACAGGCRGUCAGCUCCAGGCGAGCGCGGUGCUGCAGCGGUGGCACGGCCGGACCUCACCUCUCAGCCGCAGUGGCACCGCAGGAGCCCAGAACAGCCUCAGACCGUUGCACUGAGAAGGAGAAACUCUGCGAAUUUUUCUCAAUGACUCUAUAGCCAACUGAUGUAACAAUGGUACUAAUAUUGGGACGCAGACUGAAUAGAGAGGAGAGCGGGAUACGAGAUUCCCCUGCAACCAAGCGGAAAGUUUUUGAAAUGGACCCGAAAUCAUUGUCAGGCCCUGAGUUUUUCGACUUCUCCUCGGGAUCAUCCCAUGCAGAAAGCAUUCUCCAGAUCUUCAAUGAAUUCCGAGACAGCCGGCUGUUCACCGAUGUCAUCAUCUGCGUGGAGGGCCGGGAGUUUCCCUGCCACCGCGCCGUCCUCUCGGCCUGCAGCAGCUACUUCAGAGCCAUGUUCUGCAACGACCACAGGGAGAGCAGAGAGAUGCUGGUGGAGAUCAACGGCAUUUUUGCCGAAGCCAUGGAUUGCUUUUUGCAGUACGUGUACACGGGCAAGGUGAAAAUCACCACGGAGAACGUGCAGUAUCUCUUUGAAACGUCGAGUCUGUUCCAGAUCAGCGUCCUGCGCGAUGCCUGCGCCAAGUUCCUGGAGGAGCAGCUGGAUCCCUGCAACUGCCUGGGCAUCCAGCGCUUCGCAGAUACGCACUCGCUCAAGACGCUGUUCACCAAGUGCAGGAAUUUCGCGCUGCAGACAUUUGAGGAUGUGUCCCAGCACGAAGAAUUCCUGGAACUGGGGAAGGACGAGCUUAUUGAUUACAUUUGCAGCGAUGAGCUGGUGAUCAGUAAGGAGGAGAUGGUGUUCGAGGCCGUGAUGCGCUGGGUGUACCGCGCGGUCGAGCUGCGCCGGCCGGUGCUCCACGAGCUCUUGACACACGUCAGGCUCCCGCUCCUGCACCCCAACUACUUUGUUCAGACUGUGGAGGUGGACCAGCUGAUUCAGAAUUCCCCAGAGUGCUAUCAGCUGCUGCACGAAGCCAGGCGAUACCAUAUCCUUGGAAACGAGAUGAUGUCUCCCAGAACUAGGCCACGCAGAUCAACUGGUUAUUCUGAGGUGAUAGUUGUUGUUGGAGGCUGUGAACGAGUUGGAGGGUUUAAUUUGCCAUACACGGAGUGCUAUGAUCCUGUAACAGGAGAGUGGAAGUCACUGGCUAAACUUCCAGAGUUUACCAAGUCUGAAUAUGCGGUGUGUGCUCUGCGGAAUGAUAUUCUUGUUUCAGGUGGAAGAAUCAAUAGCCGGGAUGUCUGGAUUUAUAACUCUCAACUUAACAUUUGGAUCAGAGUUGCCUCCUUAAAUAAAGGCAGAUGGAGACAUAAAAUGGCUGUUCUUCUGGGUAAAGUGUAUGUGGUUGGAGGAUACGAUGGGCAGAACCGCCUGAGCAGUGUGGAGUGCUACGACUCCUUCUCCAAUCGCUGGACCGAGGUGGCUCCCCUGAAGGAGGCUGUGAGCUCCCCAGCUGUCACCAGCUGUGUGGGCAAACUCUUUGUCAUCGGGGGUGGCCCUGAUGACAACACCUGUUCUGACAAGGUUCAGUCGUAUGAUCCUGAUACCAAUUCCUGGUUGCUCCGUGCAACCAUCCCCAUUGCCAAGAGAUGUAUCACAGCCGUGUCCCUAAACAACCUGAUCUACGUUGCUGGCGGGCUCACCAAAGCCAUUUACUGCUACGACCCCAUUGAGGACUACUGGAUGCAUGUACAGAAUACAUUCAGCAGACAGGAGAAUUGUGGCAUGUCUGUGUGUAAUGGAAAAAUCUAUAUCCUUGGUGGAAGACGGGAAAAUGGUGAAGCCACAGACACUAUUCUUUGUUAUGACCCUGCAACGGGCAUUAUCACGGGAGUAGCAGCCAUGCCCAGGCCAGUAUCAUAUCAUGGCUGUGUGACCAUUCAUAGAUAUAAUGAAAAAGGCUUUAAACUGUAAUAUUUCUUUUUUCUUGAAAAACGAAGAAGAAUGAAUCCAGUGGUCUGCUGCAAGACAGGCUUUUUAAAGAUUCCUGAAGUGGGAAUUCCCUGCCUAAGCAUCGUAUGAAAAUUAUAUCCUGUGCCUUUAGAAAAAGGGUUAAUUUAACUUGCAAAACAAGUCUACAAAUCUACCCAGUAACCAGAGUUCAGUUAUAUCUGCUGUGGGCUCUGAUAUGAGAGCAGUACACUGUACUGGUGGUCAGAAAGUUUGCCCUGUGUGUGAUUAGUGAUUAAAAUCUUAAAAGCUUUUUGGGAAAAGUGCCUUCACAAGSAUUUUUGCCUGUGUCCUAAGAAACAAUAUCUGCAAGGUGUUUCUGGUUCUGCUAAUGGGAAAAAUACAUAAGCAAGUAAAUCCCAAAGAAUCAUCUAGGAUAAUUAUCUGCCAUUUUAAAAGCUCAGUUAUAAUUCAUAUGCAUCACUCAUACAAGCAGAUUAUUUGGCUUUACCAAGUAGAUUUUAUGUCAGCUCAUGCAUGGGUUGAAAUUAAAAAUAAAAAAACCCACCAAAAAACCAAACCAAAAACAAAACAUCAACAAAACAAGCUACAUUGGACAAAUAUGAGAAUCUUUUGAGGAAUGAUUUUUUCCGGAGGAAAAAUUGGUUGUUUGGUGAGCCACUACAACACACUGCAGUGAUGKUUGUGUUCCUUAACCCUGUGGAACUUUUUCAUAGUGUUGAUAAAUGUCCAUCAGAAGUACAAGGCUACAUGACAUGGAAAACCACUGAGUGCAGGCAUGCAUCUGUGAGGCAAAGUUUGAAUCCCAGUUUUUACCUUUUUGAAUAGUACAGGUGAAGGCUGAAAAUUACUGGGUUCACUCUUUGCUCAUUGCAAUGUCUGAACUUUUUAAGAAAUAAAGGAUGUUGAACUCUGGAUUCUCCCUGUUUUCUGAAUCCCACUAUAAAUUACCUGAUGUUAGAGGUGGGGACUUGAUUUUGUGCCCUUCAGCCUACAAAUUGUUCUUUGGCAUGUUUCAUCUGCAGAGAUGGCAGAGUAUCCACCAAGUACUUCUUGGCCUUUCUUCAGACAAUCACUGUAGCACAGUUAAACUACUGUAUGAGCUGCUUGGCCACAGAUAAAAGAGUUCUGGAAAGGUCCUUCCUAUCACCAGAUAAAUAUCUGUGGACCUGUCCAUGUAGCCAUAUGACAUGUUUUGGAUAAUUUUGAAGCCUUGGAAGCAUCUGUAUUUUGAUGCACCUCCGUUAUUGCCUUGGGUUUUUUUCAGUAAAGGUAUUUAAGUCCUCCCUAGAUUUCUGUACUAGGACUCUAUUUCCAUAUACAGUUGUACAGUUGAGGCACAAAGUUCAUAAAAACAGAAAUAGCACUUGAGAGUUGAAAAAUGAAUAGGGUUGCCUGCAUACCAAUUUCCUGUAAAUCACCAAAAACCUCAGGAACUGCCUUUCAAAGGAAUUCUGAGGACAGCAGCCAGUAGGGAAGUUGGUCAGUGCCAGGGCAGAAAAAACCCAUAAAACCCCUKCAGAGCCAGCCCGGGCCUCAGGGUUCUGGUCUCUGUGCUUGCUCAGGAGGGUGAAAACAAGCACCAUCUCUGGAACGUUGUUUGUUCCACUGGACUUUCCUAAUCUGUUUUCCCAGAGUAUUUCUUCAUGAGAUGGAAAUUCUGACCCUCAGUGAAGCUAUGCCAAACUAGGAGUCACCAUUUUCAGUAACAUGGUCAUGACUUUUAAAGAGCACUGGGAGCUGCACUUUGGGAAAAGUUAACUUGUAACCUCAGGAAAGGACACAAAUUUCAGUUUCUGGCUGAAUACCAAACACUGCUUUGGAUAUGUUAAGAAUACUGAUAAAAUCUAAGUCAUUACAUAUCAGUGGUGUAAUCAGGAGGUCAGUCCUGAGCAUGUACAUUCACRUUGCCCUAAAAAGAAAAUCCCUUGRUARUGUAAGACAAAUGAGUCAGAUAAAUUAAUCCUUUUCUAAGUUUCAUCUGUUUUUGCUCACCAAGUUCUACUUCAAAAUGGCAAUUUCAGAACCUGUGAAUAAGGUCUGUUGAUKGCAAUGGUAAUUGCCCUGUAACUGACUUUAUGUACUAACAGUGUAUAUAGCUUGUGCCAUCAUUGUAAAUGAAAAUGUCAAAGACUAUAGGAGCACUUAAUUAGAGAUGCAAUUUGAAAAAUAUCCUCCUUUCYUUUGAUUUCCUCUUGGUUGUAUUCAGAUUUGUAAUGUUGAUUGUCAUGCUGUCCUAAACAGUCCUUAUUCUGUAGGUGUAGAAGUGUCAUUUAAUCUGUGUUUAUAAUACUGCACUACUCUGUAAAUAACAARAUACUGCUUUCCAUAAUUUUGAAGAUUCAUUUUAUAGUUUAGUUGUCUUUUUUAACAAUUUAUGUACUGUUACUGUUAUCUGUUUUUUGAAAAUGAUAGUGUUUAACGAUCCAGUAAAUGCAGAAAUGUAGAUGCAGAAAACUUCUGCUUACAGUUCUUGAGAACCUGUGUCAAAGGUGAACAGUUACAGGUGUGGAGCAUUGCUGAAUGGCAGUUACUUAUGCAAUGAUUUCUUUAAAACAGGCAGUGAGUUUUUUUUCCUUGCUUGCUAACUCUGUAGAUAAUUUGCACUUAUGGCCUGCUCUGUUACAUCAAUUAUUUUUAGAUGUAUUAGAAAAGAAAAAUUUGACCUUGAUUUAUUGAAAACUUACCAUUUUUCUAGAAGGAUGCAUUAAUUUGGAAGUUGCAUUCCUGAGCCACCUGUUCUCCAAYGCAUUUCACUUAGGUAUAGAUAAAKUCCAAGAUAUAAACUCUCACUCUUAUGCAUAUCUAGAURUUUGCAGUUUAUGGGCUUGAGCAGCAAGUUGGUUUUAGUUUUUUCCUUUGUCUCAGCUAGKAGAGAAAAUUAUUAAUGUCAUCUACUCUAAUCAAAAUAUUUCCACAUAAAUGGUAGUGGAUUUGGUAACUCUAGAGCACCUGCACAAAGAUGUAACUUCAGUCCAUGGGAAGAGGGCUCAAGCAUCUCCAAGUCACACCUGAAGAAUAAAUUGUAAGAAGUGUCUUCACUCCACUAAACAGAAAUGAGUAGAUAUUUUUCUUCUCCAUUUUGAUGUCCAUUUCUGUUYUUAGCAGUGUGAUGUUAAUUGAAAAGACAGUUGAUGCUUUCUUGCAGCCAGGCUUCUGGAAGGUUCUGAAUCUYUUACUGAACACUGCACCACAUGCAGCCUGUAGCCCUUGGCUUCUUGCUGAAGCAUUCCCCUUUUACAGCCACCAACCACAGGACAWUGCCUGUAACCAUGGUUGUACCUGCGGGCUCUCUCCUUGGUAAUGGUUAARUAGACAUAAUUUGUGGAAUCUCUUCCAUUUGUUCCAUCAGAURAAUCAUUUUAUACUGUGUGUCUGGUAUGCAUUUUGGGGAUCAGGCAUUCUGCUUUCCCUUCCAGCACUAAGGGGUCCAGACUGUACUAUUAUUUUUUUCUUUUAAUUUGCACCAAUGCAGUUCUCAUCAAAGAUUGCUUUGUUUGUACUCUUUUGAAGCAGAGACAUUAAUGCAGAUUAUGUUGAUAUGGASCCUUAUAAUUUACUGAAGCUUUUAAAAUAGUAUUUUUAACAUUGCAAAGUUUUGAGAAAGGCUGGUGAUGGAAGAAGAGRAAAUGCUCAACUCUGUGUAACAGAGAUUCAGAGGAAGCUUUGGUCCCCUGUGCUUGAGAGCAAGGACACUGCUGCCUGUUCCAGUUUCUUCCUCAAAAUAGUUGAGUUCACCUCAUUAUCUUAGGUAAA